GGCAACGGCGGCCGUUCGUACGUGCGCGCCCCAUUGGCCACGACGGCCCGACGUGUAGCGUGUACGUGCGCGCACCCAGACGCACGGCAACCUCACGUCCGUGCAGCGGGGAGAAGAUGGCGGCGCGGGCCCCAGUCAAAGCAUCAGCUGGUUUGCUGCCGAAGUUGCGGAAAUGGUACUAUAAUGCUGCAGGAUUUAAUAAGUUGGGUCUUCUGCGAGAUGACACUCUGCACGAAGAUGAUGAUGUGAAGGAGGCUGUGAGAAGGUUGCCUGAGAACCUUUACAAUGAUAGAGUGUUCCGCAUAAAGCGAGCUUUGGACUUGAGCAUGAAGCACCAGAUCCUUCCCAAAGAGAUGUGGGUCAAGUAUGAAGAGGUACCGUUUGAUCACAGACUUUUUGUGCACUAUGAAGCACUGUACUGAUACACAGUCAGUGGCCACUUUAUUAGGAUAUACGCUACCUUCAGCCGUAUCUUAAAGAAGUUAUAUCUGAAAGAAAGGAGAAGGAAGAAUGGAAUAAAAAAUAAAUAGGAUUCUUUUCAUUACUCUAUGCCUGUCAUGAUCCAGCUUCAACAAUGUAGGGUAAUUGAUUCCAUUCCUGGAGAAAUAAGUUCCGCUCUUCAACUACAAGGAAGCAGUUUAUUUGUUUGGACACCGGACUACUAGUUUAAAACUCAUUCUUUAAUUCUCUUUGCCAAUUUAAUCCAUGUGAGUUAUUUUAAAUAAAUAUUGUUCCUCAUUUCUGUGUUUGAUAAGCAGAUUAAUGUAAGUUCAGAAAUGGUGAUGUAGCAGCUAGUGCAGAGCUCGGGGCAUUCCAGCACGAUGUGCUAUGGUUUUCAGAGGUCAGGGAUUAACACUUCACUCAAAUCACAAAGCAACUAAUUUAGACCGGAGUGAAAUUACACAUUAGUACAGUGGUUAGUGUGAUUCUAUUACGGCUUGGUGCCGUGGUUCGGAAUUCAAUUCCAACACUAAGGAAUGGAUUUUCUCCGGGUGCUCUGGAUUCCUCCCACAGUCCAAAGAUGCAACAGUUACUAGGUUAAUUGGUCAUUGUAAAUUGUCCUGUGAAUAGGUUAGGGUUAAAUAGAUUGCUGGGUGUUGUGGCUUGCUGGGUUUGUUCCACGUUGUAUCUCAAUAAAUAAAACAAAUAUAGUCUAUUGCAGUAUUGGCAACUUCAUCUGGUAUAAUGCAAAACUACACAACAAACUUACAAAUUAUUGUAAGUUUAUUCUUAAAUUAUUUUUCUCUGAUUUUGAAAUAAAUGAAUUUACAAAUUG